ACGGGCCCCACCUACGCAAGCAAUGUUGGAUGCACAGUCCAAUGACCCUUGGAUUCAGGAGGUGAUGGAGCAGAUGGACUCGGUCAAGAGCGUUCAGAAGGUGUACGCCGUGAAGGACAGGUUGCUCUGUCGCGAGUGGAAGAGUCAAGGUGAAAAACAUUUACUGCUAGCCGUUCCGAAAGCGUUACGUUUUGAGGUACUGGCGUUCUGCCACGAUGACCCGAUGGGAGGACAUCUCGGUUUUGCGGACCUGGGACCGAGUGCGGAAGCGGUUCUUCUGGCCUCAAGCGAUCAACUUUACGGAGCAGUAUGUGGCGUCUUGUGCACCGUGCCAGGCGCGGAACCGGUUGACGACGAAGGCGGCCGGACCGAUCCAGUCGUUCUGUCCGGAGCGGCCGUUCGAGAUGUUAGCCAUGGAUUUUCUGGGGCCGUUGCCCAGAUCCAAGCGUGGAAACCAAUAUAUAUUGUGUUUCUGCAGCAUUCGUUUCCCUUGAGGAUCUUGAGCGAUCAGGGGACACCGUUUGUCAAUCAGCUGACAAGUGACCUUUACAAGGUACUGGAAGUGAAGCGCGUUACGACAAGCGGAUAUAUGCCACAAACCAACGGCUCGUGCGAAAGGUACAAUCAGACGCUGGCGCAUAUGAUGUCGAAGUUCAUAGACGCUGAGCAGCGCACCUGGGACGAGGUGCUGCCGUUCGUGGUGUUCGCGACUAACACCAGUAAGCACGACACGACGAAAGAAUCGCCAUUCAAGCUGCUGUACGGAAGGGAGCCGACGCUGUCGGUCGACAUCGCCUUUCCAACGGUGGCGGAUGCGUUCGUGUAUGAUGUCGGAGAGCGGAUGGAGGCGCUUCAUGCAAAGGCGAAUGCGCGCAUUGAGGGGAAGCAGAACUACCUCCACGCCCACGACGAUCACCCGGAAGUGACGUACAAAGACGGGGAUUACGUUUUGGUGUUCAACCCUGCCGGAAAGCGCGGUAAGGCGACCAAAUUACUGAGUCGUUUUUAUGGGCCCUACCGAGUGCUUAGGCAAACGUCGCCCGUGAAUUACGAAGUGGAAACUUGCGGGAUCCGGAAGCGAAGGAACGUUUUCGUUACCCACGUGUCAAAGAUAAAGUUGUUCAAGGAUCGCAACGAGAUGUUCGUUGACUCCGAGGAUGAGGACGGCGAAGGAUGGAUUCCUGUCGCGCGUCCCAAGCAACUGGUGGACCACGCCGAGAUCACAGACACGGUGGCGGAAGAGGAGCCGUCUACCACCCUGGCGGGCGCCCCUGAAAUUGCGGCCCCUGUGGUGCCAGCGGUACAGGCCCCUGUGAUGACUGAGGUAGUGACAACGGCGGAGGCGGAGAUGCUCGCGCCGGUGACUCGGGAAAACUCGGAAACGGAACAGCAGCGUUCGGGUCGUGAGCGCAGGGCCCCGGACCGGUAUGACCCAUGCUCAUACAAGCACUUUUACGGCUUGCUGCUGUUGGUGUUGUUGUUUAUGCCCUUAGUCGCAGCACUGGAGGUGGCUGUCUGCGACUGCUCUUCACCACGACAGGUCGGUGUCGUAAGUUUUGAGCGUUACGAGCAAUGCCGGACCAACAUGUCGUCCGUCAAGUUCACCCCGGUCAAGUAUGACAUCUAUACUGAAGAUAAAGCCCGGACCGUGUUCCAAGGCUUCAGCUGUCGGGCCUGGGAGGAGACCUUGCACAUCGAGGAAGGAUUUCUGGGCUGGAGGGACACGACGAAGUCCUCCAGGGAGAAGCCGUUAGCAGCGAGAGAUUGUUGGGUCAUGGCUAACACGUUCAAAUGCGGUGUGAAUUCAAUGGUGAAGCGUGGUAGUGUCUGGUCUUUUACAGCAGAGCCGAAGGGCGAAGGAGCCUGGUACUCUACGAAGACGUACACUACAUACAACUGUGAGCUCGAGGAGUUGAGCCUGGAGCAGGAGUGCAAAACGUGCCCAAUUAUGACUAUCGUCAGUGAGGUAGCGACGGAUCGCACCGUAGGCUACGCGAUUCUGGCACACCGGACCGUGGUAUGGAACGACAUUUCGCAAACGCAGAGACCGUGCGAGACGGCUCGGCUGACCAGGCGAGUCGGUCAAUUGUAUAACGAUACCAACGGUGUGAUGCGAAUCCGCGAUACUGCGCGGCAAAUGGAUUUUGUUCUAGGCGCAAUGGCGCGCUUGUGCGGACAGACCGGAACAAAGGCAUUCCGUGUGGUCGGAGAAACGAGUAUGCUGUUGGUGGUGCUGACGCGUGCGGAGAAGAUCCUGUUCCAGGAUUUCAACUACACCGCCGGAGGCAGUGUCGCGGGAGGGGGAGGAAAAGAUUCGGCAUUUAGAGGCAAAAGGAACUUGCUGGGAUUCGCGGGUGGAACACAUCCCGGAUUUCCGUCGGGAUCAUCGCGCACCGUAAUGCCGUUGCCCGUGACAGUGGCUACAACAACUGUCGGAAGAAAGACGCCGGAGGCGGAAGGCGCAACCACUGAACCCCGAUGA